GAAGCCGACGGGGUUUCCCCCACUGCCAUCGAUCUCGGUACCCGCGUAUCUCUCUCGUGAUGGCGAGCAAGGGGAGGCUGCUGUGGGGCUUGGCGAGGGCCAAGGUUGAGUUUCCGCUCGUGUUCUUCUACUGCACUGUCUUCUUUCUUGCUGGUUUCUACGGAUCCCUUCUCUUCUCCCUGGGUUUCUCGGGUGGCCGCGUCCCUCGGGGAAGGCUGCUGGAAGUGGAUAAAGAAGCGUCGGAUUUGCCCGGGAUGCCCUAUGGAGAGACCGGAGAGUCUCGCCCUUCUUCAGUCACCUUCCAGGUUCUGAGCUGGAAACCUCGAGCAGUAUAUUUCCCAAAGUUUGCAACAGAAGAAGAGUGCCAAAAUAUAAUAAAGGUUGCUAGAUCAAGCCUAGAACCAUCAACACUUGCCUUACGAGAGGGAGAAACUGGGGAAAACACCAAAGGAAUUAGAACAAGUUCAGGGACAUUUAUCAGUGCAUCUGAAGAUUCAACUGGAAUCUUAGACCAGGUCGAGCGAAAAAUUUCAAGGGUUACCAUGAUUCCAAGAGAAAAUAUGGAAUCAUUCAACGUUCUCCGCUAUGAGAUUGGACAGAGAUAUGCUUCGCAUUAUGAUGCAUUCAAUCCAGCUGAAUAUGGCCCACAACAAAGCCACAGGGUAGCUACUUUCUUGUUAUAUCUAACUGAUGUUGAGGAAGGUGGAGAAACUAUAUUUCCUUACGAGAAUGGUUUGAACAUGGACAUUGGCUAUGAUUAUGAGAAAUGCAUUGGUUUGAAGGUGAAGCCACGACAAGGCGAUGGUCUUCUGUUUUAUUCAAUGUUUACAAAUCACACAAUUGAUCCACUAUCACUUCAUGGGAGCUGUCCAGUGAUAAAAGGGGUGAAAUGGGUAGCAGCUAAGUGGAUCAGGGAUCAAAUGCAAGGCAACAGUACAUGAUAGAGAGGCUUUUUUGUUUAUUAGAUUAUCCUUCACUUUUUGCAUUAUGUAUUUACCAUCCUAUGCAUAAAACUUGUAUACAGAAAUGCAACAAAAAAAAUGGUCCACUUUUAAGUGUCAUAUACAAAGAAAAAAAUGUUCGAAUCUCAUGUCUGAAUUUGAUAGUUGGUUACUUCCUUUUUUUUCUUCCCCCUUUAGCUAAACUAAACUUUUGCUUGCUAGUGAUUUGUGGAAUCC